UUUCAGAUCACGUCUUCGUCACAAAGGACGUGAGGAGAACUGUUCCCCACUUUCGGCGGCCUCGAAGGAUAGCGAGAGCGUAAAUUUUACUCUAUGUGAUUCUCAACUUCAACUUAACAUACAAAGAUAACAGUGCUAAAAGAGCGUCGUUAAUAUCGUCAUCGUCGUUGUUUUUCUCAUCUUCUUUCUUGUUGAUCGUUCCUUUGAGAAUUUGUGUAAUACGUUCAAAUUGCAUUUCAAAGAAAAUUGAAAGAGAGAGAGAGAUAGAUAGAGAGAGAAAAAAAUCAAACAAACGAGAAAAGGAGAAAAGAUUAAUCAAAUAAUUUUGGUCAACUUAAUCAUCAUUGAUUGUCUCGUUUCUUUUUGAUAGAUCAAAAGAUUGAACAAAUAUGGGAUACGGUACAGAGAUGGACGGUUGCGGCCGUUUUAUGAAAUAUUCUUUAUUCUUCACAAAUUUCAUUAUCUUUAUUGGCGGUGUUGUUAUAACUGGUUUAGCAAUAUGGGCGUUUGUCGACAAAGUACCUUAUAUCGGUGAUUUGAUAGGAAACGAUUUGUUAACAGGUACCGUUUAUGUUUUAUUAGCUGGCGGAAUUUUGGUAUCAAUUAUCGCUUUCUUCGGAUGUGUUGGUGCGUCACGUGAAGUCAAGUGUAUGCUGGUCACAUAUUUCAUAAUCGUAUUCCUGCUGUUCGUGACGAUUCUUAUCGGCGGUAUUCUUGGGUAUGUGUUCAGUGAAAAAUUGGUUAACACGUUGGAACGAGAGAUGUCUGGUAGUUUGAGACUUUACGAUCAUCGAAAAUCUGUCCGAGAUACCUGGGAUACUACGCAAACUCAGCUUCAUUGUUGCGGUGUACAUACCUGGAGAGAUUGGGGACAUCAUGGUCUUCGUGUACCCCAAAGUUGUUGUCGCGAGGUUCAACCUGGACAGCGAUUUAACUGCAGUGCCGGUACCGAUACAGUAAACCCAUCGAAUGCUUAUCUGGAAGGUUGCCUAAAUAGAACACAAAUUUAUAUGCAACAGCAUGCAGCUGUUAUGGGAGGUGCUGGUAUAGCUGUUGCGUGUCUCAUGUUCUUUGGAAUGGUAUUCUCUUGCGCUUUAUUCAAGAUGAUUGAAUGACAAAAUAAUGACUACUACGUUUAAAACAUCUCUACGCGCAUUUUCACAUCAUCAAGACUUUUUUUCAACAUGGAAGAUAAUGAACAUUUUCCAACGCAUACUUUCACGAUUUUUCUUUCCUCUUAUAUGAAUCAUAACUAA